UUCCACCGGCAGCACGGUGGCGAGGGCUCGCUGAUGGUGACCCGCGUGGAGGAGCCGGCCAAGUACGGCGUGGUGGUGAGCGAGGCCGACACCGGCCGCAUCUGCCGCUUCGUGGAGAAGCCGCGUGUCUUCGUGUCCAAUAAGAUCAACGCCGGGCUCUACAUCUUCAGCCCCGGCAUCCUGAAACGCAUCCAGGUAUGGGCCGGGCCCACUGGGCUGGGCCACUGUGUUGGGCCAGGCUUCUGGAUGGACAUUGGGCAGCCAAAAGACUUCCUCACGGGCAUGUGCAUGUACCUGCAGGCACUGCGGACUCAGCACCCUGAGAAGCUGCACUCGGGGCCCGGUGUCGUAGGGAACGUGCUGGUGGACCCCAGUGCCAAGAUUGGGGCAAACUGCGUCAUCGGCCCCAACGUGACGAUCGGGGCCGGCGUGGUGGUGGAGGACGGGGUGCGCAUCAAACGCUGCACCGUGCUGCAGGGCGCCCGCAUC